GAGUCUUAGAUUGAGUCAAUAGGUUUGUCAGUCAGGGGUUAGAGUCUACGUGGUGAGGUUUGGAACCGUAAUCCGGUUGUGCACUAUCACCAUGGUUGACACCCGGAGUGGGUUGAGUACUAGCCCCUACACCCAGGAGCAACAAGAGAAGAUGGCCGCCUUAGUGAGAGAGAAUAAGGAGAGGAAAGAGGUCCUGAAACAGGCGAAGCUGAAGGCAAUCGCAGAGGAGCAGGCGGCGAAAAUGAAGGAAUUGGAGGAGGAGAUGGAGAAAAAGAAGAAGGCUGUUGAAGAGGAAGCGGCAACAGAGGCAGAGGAGGAGAGAAAACGCAUGGAAGAAAAAGGAGAGAGUAGUGGCAGGACAAAUGAGGAGGUAGCCAUGGAGAAGAAGAUCAGUGGGUGGAUUGCUAAUUUAUCGUUGGGGGAAGAUGAGGAGGCAGAGUUUUAUGUGCCCCAGGACGAGAGGGAUGCGUUAGCCAGUGAGUUAGCAGCAAUGGAGGACCCCUUGGGAAGACAAGAAAGAGAGGAGGAGAAAAAGUUGGAGUGGAAAUUGAGAAUGAAGAGGGAAAAGAAGAGAAGGAGGGAUGAAGUUAAUAGGUUGACCGCAGAGGUGGCGAAGUUCAAACAGACCCGGUGGGCUGCUCAGCAGCCAAAGGCAGCCGCCAGUAGGGGUGGCAACUGCACCUACUUGAGGCCAUGUGGGGCAGCAAGCGCGUGCACACAGGAAACUCCCAAACUACAUGAGCCUAUGGCAGAGGUUGCAGGCCCGUGCAUAGCUAGCUGUCUAGAGACUGCUUGUGUUAGCGUCUCUCUAGGCACGUCCCUCACAGGUGUGGCAGAAGAGCUGAAGGAGAGGAUGCCAGCCUGGGCCAAAAUGAAGAAGGAGAGUAAGGAACAACUGAUCUUGGUAGAUGUAGAAGUGUUUAGAAGCAGAGUAGGGUCCCUUAUAGACUCAGGGGCCAUCCGCAGUUACAUUAAUCGUAGGGCACUGAAAAAGCUGAAGCUAGGAUUAAAAGUCCAAAAGUUAGCAAACCCCAUAGUCAGUGUCCUCGCAGACAACCGCACGAUGCGAGUUGAGGACUACGUAGAGGGAGUCCAAGCGUACUUUCGCCUAGAGAAAGAUGGGAAGGUGGAAAAAGUUCUCCAUUCCCUUACUCUCCUCGUUCAGGAUGACCUUCCUUUCGACAUAGUGUUAGGAAUGGAUUGGGGAGAGGCAGCUGGGGCCACACUCCACUUAAGAGAGCAUGAGCGUAGGCUCCCUAGUCCGUCAAGCGAGGUUAAGACUGCCCGCCUGUUUCAUGUGUCAGGUGUAGAUUUCACCUUGGCACAUUGCUGUCUCAGUGCUCCCGCGUUCGCGCGACUAGUGAAAAAGGAGCAGUUAGAGGAUCAGGUCUUCGUAGUAUAUGUGAGGCCUGUCACUGAGGCUAAGGAAGGAGAUAGUUCCACAUACCCGACCAUUGCCAAGCUGCUGACUGAGUCGCCGAAAGGAGUAGUGCCGCGACCCAUCCAGCACAGGAUAGAGAUAGAGCCUGGCAGUAGGACUCCUAAGGGAGCAGUCUAUAGGAUGUCCCCUAGAGAGUUAGAGGAGCUACGCAAGCUGUUAGACGAGCUCCUCGAGAAAGGUUGGAUCAGGCCCAGUUCGUCUCCUUUUGGAGCACCAGUCCUGUUUGUUCCCAAGAAGGAAGGAGAGCUUCGUAUGUGUAUAGACUAUAGGGGUUUGAAUGCGAUUACUGUGAAAAAUGCUGAACUGCUGCCCAGGAUGGACGAUCUUUUAGAUCGGGUGCAGGGUUGUAAGUAUUUCUCUAAGAUAGAUUUGAAGUCCGGAUAUCAUCAGAUAGAGGUCCAUCCUGAUGACCAGUACAAGACUGCUUUCCGGACUAGAUAUGGGCAUUAUGAGUUCAUAGUGAUGCCCUUUGGACUAACCAACGCGCCAGCUACCUUUCAGCGUUGUAUGAAUGAUCUGUUUAGACCUUGGUUAGAUAAGUUUGUAGUAGUUUAUCUAGAUGAUAUAUUAGUUUUCAGCAGGACCCUCCAAGAGCUUCAGGGUCAUUUGGGGCAAGUCUUGGCGAAGCUGCGAGAAGCUAACUUCAAGAUUAACGCGAAGAAGUGCGAGUGGGCCAAGACACAGGUUUUGUACUUGGGCCACGUGUUAGACGGAGAUGGCAUUAAGCCAGAGGACAACAAGAUAGCGGCAAUUAAGGACUGGCCGACGCCCCGCACGUUGACUGAGUUGCCGUCGUUCUUAGGCCUAGCUAACUACUAUAGGAAGUUCGUGAGGAACUUCUCCACUAUCGUCGCUCCCUUGCGCAGGUUGCUAAAGAAAGAGGCAAUCUGGCAAUGGGACAAAGACUGUACGUUUGCGCUAAAGAAGUUAAAGCGCGCAUUGAUAGAGUACCCCGUCCUCAAAGUAGCUGAUCCGUCUUUGCCAUUUCUCGUGACCACGGACGCAAGUCAGUAUGGUAUAGGCGCCGUGUUACAGCAGGACAACGGCAAUGGCUACAGACCCGUAGAGUUCAUGUCAGCAAGGAUGCCCUCAGAGAAGGUUGCCACCUCGAUGUAUGAGAGGGAACUCUACGCUCUCAGGCAGGCCUUAAAACACUGGAAGCAUUACCUGCUUGGGAGGCACUUCAAAGUAUACUCAGACCACGAAACUCUUAGAUGGUUAAAGACCCAGGCCAAGAUGACACCGAAGCUAACUAGGUGGGCCGCUGAGAUAGACCAAUAUGACUUUGAGCUCAAACCGGUCAAAGGCAAGUACAACGUAGUUGCGGAUGCUCUAAGUUGGAGAUCAGACUACUUUGGAGCUAUAAGGAAGUUGACAGAUAGAUGGAUCUUGAGCGAUUUGGUGCGAAGUUACGAUGAGAGCAGAGAUUCCCGCUCCGAUGUGCUAGCGCAAGGCAAAGGGGACGGCUGGGGCAGGGAGAGCAGAGACCGGCUGAGAAGAUCUGUGCCCGAGCUGUGGUUGGAGAUUCCAUUGAAGAGAAGAUUUUGAAACAGAACCAGGAUUGGGAGGCUGAAGGUUGGUUUACACUGUGGCAGGUCCCUUGUUCAUGUCCUGCGCCUCGACCAAUUUACCCAUGUACCAUGGUUGGGUUAUAUACCCCGCUGUGAUUUCAACAGUCAACCCUGUAAUUGCACUGCCCUUGUCAGGAAAAAACCUACUUGCUAAACAUGCCGAUCUGUAGCUCCCGGCAAUGUGCUUGCUGCUAGCCCCUCUAGGACAAAUCUCUUACUCUUCUUCGGCGAUCGCCAACUCAGUUGACUCCCGAAAACACACUUCUUUCUGAAGAGUGUUGAAAGAGUGUUCUUGUGAUAAGAACUCCUUUCACACGAACAGUGUCCCACUACAGACUGAUUUUCCCCUUCACACCUGCAUACAACCUCUUCUUUCUUGCACUCAUCUUUCCUCUACCUGCACUCAUGUCCCCAUGCUUCUUUCUACACUUGCCUGUUUGCCAACCAUAUGCAUACAUGGUUGGACAGGCAACGUAACUCUAUCUGGGACCUUCAUGAUGUUGGAAGUUGGUUGCUCUGAAGUGUUUUCCAAUGGACUGAGCAAAAUAGGACUGGCGGCGGACCAAGUCAUCAGGGAAGUGGUCAAGCUAAGUUUGUUUGCUGUACCUUGGCUGCUCGCGAGGGAAGACUCUCACCAUCAAGGUGUUGCUACCCACGCUGCUAUGGGCAACAAGGACUCCACCUAGGGCACUGUCUGUUCGAGGGUGAGCAGUUCAUCUCAGGUGCUGCAUGCAAGAUUGUGGGUAAGACACAGGCUUCUGAAUUCCAGUUGCCAUGCUCAGUCAGCAGCCCAAGCUGCGAUAUGCAACAACUGUCCCAUUUCUCUAACUGACUUUCUUCCAGUAGCUCUUUGGGUAAUCCGCUGGCAAAUUCAUCGACUGUAGUUGCUCUCCCUCCCUCCCUCCCUCUCUCUCUCUCUCUCUCUCUCUCUCUCUCUCUCUCUCUCUCUCUCUCUCUCUCUCUCUCUCUCUCUCUCUCUAGCUCUCUAGCUCUCUCUCUCUCUCUCUCACACACACACUCACACACACAUGCACACAGACUGUUGCUCCCUCUUGGGCUUGCUCUCGCUCUGUAUGCGCAGUGGGUGUGCAUUGGGUGGAAAGUGUGGGCUCUCACUCUGUCUGCGCAGUGGGUGUGCAUUGGGUGGAAAGUAUGGGUUUUUGUCUUCUGACUGACGAGUUCUGCGUAUUUGGACUUUGGUGAGCCUUAGCAUCAUCCCCCCGCCUUUUUUCUCCCCUAUCUCUGAACGCUGCGGCUCACUGGGUGCAGUUUUCUGGAUCUGGUUUACGACUGCUUGGUUGUCCCCAGCUUCCAUUUUGUGUUAGACAUAAUGGAAUCUGGGGUCACUGCGGUUCUUGUAUUUCUACAAUAAUAUCUUUGGUCGUGUCAAAACCAUAACACCUUUUGGUAACCCCGAGGCGCCUUCACUGUUAUGAAGACCUUGGUUUGUUGCACAACGUGAUGCACCAGAUGAAAGGGGGGAGAGGGGAUAGCCGUUUCUUUUCUUUUCUUUUUUUUUGUAAGUGGAUGGCCAGAGGGAAUUUCACUGACCUCCUCCUACGGUCUCUGAUUGUAAUGUGCAUCCGACGAGGAAUGACAUAAAAGAUGAAGCAAUAUGUGGGGUUUUGUCUUGGCGGGAGCCUGGAGGUAUGCCAGGCUGAUGAUCCAAACAGAUUGAGUGAAAGGCUAGCGGCAGAGAAGUAUUUGGCAAGUCAACAUGCUUUCAUCUGCGGCUUGGGAAUGAGGAAGCAUGCCUGACUGGAAGAGGGACUGCGAGUAGGCAGACUCUGGUUAUUGGGUGUGGAAAUGAGGUACUCUUGAGUUUGUUGACGAGGCGGUGUAGAUGUCUAUUUUUCUGCAAUGUAUACUUAAUGAGUGGAUCUCAGCCAAUGAGAGGAGAGGAGGUAUGAUGCAUUCACAUAGGAAGGAUUUCAGACAAGUAGGAAUGCUUGGAUGGAGGGUGCAGAAGCAUGCUCUCAUCACGACUCGCAUGUGUGGGUGAAGGAGGCUUGCUGCUCCACAGCAUGUUUCUUCGAUUGUGUGGCCUACUAGCUUUCUAUUGAACAGCUUGUAGGUAGGGAAAAAUGUCGCUGUUCGAUGAACCUCUGGGAUCGAGCUGUGUAGACUGGAAGAGAUUCUGCGGAGGCAAAAGCUCGUGGGACGUAAGAUAAGCAGGUAUUGUGUUUGUUACGCAGAUGCUUUGCUCGGAAGGCAAGCCUGUGGGAAAGGAAACAUGCUUUUGAUUGAUAAGCUUGUGGAUUUAGACCUACCGCGCUUGAGAUUGGCGGAGUCUAGUCUUGGGAGAAAAAGGGCGUCUUUUUGCCAGAUUGGUGCAAUUUCAUUCAUGGCAUUUGGACGAGGAAUUGUGUGUGCUUGUAGAUCCUGUUUGUUAUAUGCUUACAUGCCUAAGAGCAGAGAAAUUCGGAUCAGCGAAAAAAUCCGAAGCUCUGCUGUUGCAGCUCACCGACGUUUGAAUUUGCUGCUGAUCACUGCAGCUUGGUCAGGCAACCCUUAGACUUGGUGCUACUAGACUGGACAAUCUCAAGGGAACUACUUGCAAGUAUGUCAACUUAUAUGAUCCUUCAGCCUUUGGUACGUUGGGCGUGUACACGGCCCACUUUGUGGAGAUGGUAUGCUUCAGUAUGCAGGCUGUCAAGCCCUUCGGGCUUGGCUAGAUUAGGCUUACCAAAAA